UUUACAUAGUACUUCAACUGCAGUUGACACCUCUGCCCCUAAAAAGUACUGGAGAAGAUUACUGGUGCGGCAGAGAAGUGUGUAAAUUGAACCCACCUUUUCCUCCGGAAUAAAGGAAUAGGAUUUUAGGUGGAAGGUAUUAAAUCCAAUGCAACGGCAAGGGAAUAUCAUUGAAUCCUUACCUGAAACAGUUGACAUUGAUCAUGGAUCUGUUUCAAACAAUUCUGGUAUAAACCCUCAGAAUUCCUUGAAUAAUGUGCUUAAUCCAGUGGACAGCUUAUUGCCAAGUUAUGCAGUAUCUUCUGGUGGGUCAACUUGUAUAAAUUUGAACACUCAUGAUGUCCAGAGCUUAAGUGGUUGGAAUCCCGGUGAACCUAGCCUUAGAGUGGGUUCCCAAGACCAGGUCAAUAAUGACAGGGUGAAGAUGGAACCGGAGCUGUCUUCUACUUAUAAUGUGCGUGCUGGCAGUAGCCUUCGGGUAGAUGAAAGGCGACUUGAGCCAACUAAUAUUCUUUUUCCUGGGAGACUCCACACCAGCCACAAUCGGAACCAGGUUAGAAGUGGACCUUUAUUUUUGCAAGGUUCUAGCUCUAGUCAUAAUUCACAAAAUGUGCAUUUGAAUAUGAGGCAUGUGGGUAUAAGUGGUAAUGGUGGGCAGAAUACAGGAGUCAGUAUCUACCCUAGUGCUAGUUCUUCAAGUAAUGGUGAGACUUCAUCUGGAAACUCUAGCCAUGUGCUGGAGGAAAACAUGGGCAUCUCAGGUUCUUCACUCGGCAAUUGGGGUUUAUCCUGCAAGAGAAAGGCGCUUGAAGGUACUCCUGGACAGUAUUCAGGUGGAAGUUCAAGCAGCUAUACACAAGCUGAAAGUUCUGUUUGGCAUACUGGUUCUGGUCGAUAUGAUUCUUCUAGCAGCUUAAAUUUGUCUAUGCCCUUGAGGAAUUCUCCAAGUCCACCUGAUCAACCAACUCCAAGAAUUGGGGUUGGUGCUAGGGGAGUAGCUUCUGAUGCUUUUCCUUCUAGUGUUGGAGGGAACACAGAAAGCACAGUGAGAAAUUCUGGUAGGAGAGUAAAUCUAGGGCAGCAACAGGAAUCUUCACAUUUCAGUCUACCAUCAACUGGGUUUAUUAGACAGCAGAAUAUUUCACCCUUUCAUCAGUCUGCCAGAUCUGUCCCAUUUAAUGGCUCUCUGGAGUUGAGAUCAACACCACCGGCAACCACAAAUAUGGGUAGUGCUGAGAGUCAGCCGCAUGCUAUGCAUAUUUCUGCUUUGUCAAGAAAUGUGCAGCCUUUCCACUGGAGUGGGACUUCCACUUCAAGGGUUGGUUCAUCAAGUAAUUUAAUCCCUGGUGAGAGAGAAGCUGCAUUUCAAGAGGAUGCAAAUGUAAGAAGCAUUCCAAGAAACAAUGCAGAGCAUCCAAUGUUUGCAGCUGCAGCUGACAUGAGGAAUGUAGUGCAGGAUCCUGCUAGUUGGAGUCUGGCCCCGGCAAAUAUUGGCACUUCUGGAGGUGCUCCAUCUGCUGCUCGAAUUGGAUCAAGUUCAGGCAUCCAUCCUUUUCCAACUCCUGGCUGGAUUCCUCCUCUUAAUGCCUUGGCACCUAAUCAACAAAGAUUACCAGACUUUGUUCCUUGGCAUUUAUCUCCAACUAUUGACUUGGACUCUAUUAGUUCCUUUCCCCCAUUACCUUCUGGCCCUUCUGUUUCUUCUGUUGAUACAAUGAUGGCAUCAGGAUCUAAUAGCCAGGGCCAUCGUCAACAAAAUCGACGAUCGGCACUGUUAUUGGAGAGACAAAGUGAUGAUGCUAUUGGUGCAUCCCAUUCAUUCCGAGCUGUAGCUGCAGAUACUGAAGGGCGGCAUCGACUGAUAUCUGAGAUUCGGCAGGUCCUGAAUGCCAUGCGUAGGGGAGAAAACUUGCGAAUUGAGGAUUAUAUGCUCUUUGAUCCAUUCGUAUACUAUGGUAUGGCCGAGAUGCACGACAGGCACAGAGAUAUGCGCCUUGAUGUUGAUAACAUGUCCUACGAGGAGCUUUUGGCACUGGAAGAACGCAUAGGAGAUGUUAGCACCGGACUACCUGAAGAA